AUGCCGGCAUCCUUUAGGUCAUCAAAGGAACCAUCAGGUGGUUCAUCAUCAACAUCACCACAUGAUCAAAAGCUACAACAUGUACAUAUACUUCCACAAGGAACGUUUAUCAAAAAGAUCAAUGAGGAAGCUCCUACAUUCAGGAAGGAAUACACUCAAAACUUAAAUGAUACCACAAAUGAUUCUCCAUCAGAUACAAGAAGAAACAGUACACAUAGUUUAUUUAAUCCACUUUCCAUUAGUAAAACAAUGAGUAGGGAUAGUAUCGCAUCAAAUUCACAAUACGAUAUACCAGAAUCCAUAAGAACAACAGUACCAACCAAGUCUAAGAGUCGGAAAGGAGGACAUCUUCUUCAAAGAACAUUAAGUAGUCUCUCCAUCACAGGAAUUAAUCCCAGCUCUACUCAAAGCAUACCAAAUGAAGGUCCCAAUUAUACAACAGCUGCUGCUCAAGUAGUACCACCAAGGAAACAUUCAUUUGCUGGGGGGUUCUUCAAGAGACUCUCAGGAGCUGGGAAUAGAGGGAACCAAAAGAACAAGGAGGAAUUACAGCAACAAGUACCGCAACAACAGGUACAACAACAACCAAUAUUUAAUGCAAGACAUAGACAAUCUGUAAGCGGUGCUGUCCCAUCUGCAUUAAGUCCUAUUCAUUCUAAUCCUACCCUUCAUAACGAACCAAUCAAUUUACGGCCUCCUCAAGGUACAAUAGAUACUACUCUCGAUUUAGAAGACGAAGACAAAAAGAAUACAGAAGAAAAUGAAGAAAUUCCAGCUUUAUUCCCAUUGGAUACAAAUUUGGAAAAUUUAGAUGAAAUAACUAAAGCUGUAGCUCCCAUUAAAUCCAUCAAAGAUGUGGAAAAAAUUACAUCAAGUCCCAUUCAACCUCCAAAAGGUAUUGAAAAUUCAGUAAUAGUAGUGGACGCCAACGACGAACAAGUACCAAUUGUUUCACAAGAUAAUCAGCAAGGAAUCUCGAAUGGUUCAAGACCGUCAAGUGUGGGACCUAAGAAAUCUCAUUCAAUGGCUGAUAUACCACUAUGGGCUUCUUCUUCCAUGCUGGAUAUCUCGGGCAGAACAACUGAUGCAUCACAACAACAAUGGACUGCACCGGAGAGUUGGGAUGUGGAUUCCACACAAAAGAAAUCAAAGAUAAAAUCCAAAUCAAGAGCAAGAAGAGCCAUGAAUCAACAAAGAAAUCAUACUAAUAAUAAUAAUAAUGUCUUGGGCGGUACAUCGCCGAAUGCUCUACAGAGAAGUACUACAGAAACUCUGGGAUUAUUAAAUGACGGAGCUCCCGGUUCAAGAGGUUCAAACAUAUCUGAAAGAUCAAUGGUUAGAUUGAGACAUUCUUUAGCAAUGAGUAAAUCAAAUACACCAAUUUUAACAAAUAAAGAACAAUCUACAGCAUCAGUAGAUUCAAACACAUAUAGUUCUGGUAAAAGUAUAAGUAGCACAGAUUCUAGCGGAUAUAGCUCUUCUGAUAAUGAUUUCUUCGAUGAAACUAGUAUUGCUCCGAUUUCAGAUAAACCAAAGAAAGGCUCUCAUCGUACUAAUGAAAAUGAUAUGAUGUCGAAUUUCCAAUUUAGAGCAAGGAUGGAUAAAAACGGACGUCCAGCAACACCAACUAAUGAUCCAUUUACUUUAUUGACAGAUACAAGAGAAGGAUCCACCGCAACUACUAUUACUAAUAAUGAUGAUGAACAUGAUAAACUUGAAUUCGAAUUGGAAAAAUAUUAUAAAGAUGUUAGUGACUUGAAUCCUGAUAAACAUUAUGCCAUACGUAUCUUCAACACUGAUGAUACAUUUGCCACUUUAUCAUAUCCACCCGGUACCACCGUUCAAGAUAUGAUUCCUGCAUUGAAAAGAAAAUUUAAUAUCACAUCACAAGGUAGUUUCCAAAUCUCAUUGAAAGUUGGUAAACUAUCCAAAAUAUUAAGACCUACAGCAAAACCAAUAUUGGUGGAACGUAGAUUGGUUCUAUUAAGUGGAUAUAUGAAAUCUGAUAGUCAAGAUAUAAUGGGUAUUGAAGAUUUAAGUUUUGUAUUCAAAUUCAUUUUCCAUCCAGUAACGCCUUCAUAUUUUACAUCUGAACAAGAACAGCAAUUAAUGAAAGGUGAUUUCGUUCAUGUUGAUUUAAGAAAUAUGGAUCUAACAACUCCGCCAAUUAUCUUUUAUCAACAUACUUCGGAAAUUGAAAGUUUGGACGUAUCCAAUAAUGCAAACAUUUUCCUACCAUUAGAAUUCAUUGAAAGUGCCAUUAAGUUGUCUAGUUUAAGAAUGGUCAACAUUAGAGCAUCAAAAUUCCCUAAUAAUAUUACUGAGGCAUAUAAAUUGGUCACUUUGGAAUUACAAAGAAAUUUUAUCAAAAGAGUACCCAAAUCAAUAAGUAAAUUAACUAACUUAACAAUUCUAAAUUUACAAUGUAAUGAAUUGGAAAGAUUAUCCUCUGGAUUUGCAAAUUUGAAAAAUUUACAAUUAUUAGAUUUAUCCUCAAAUAAGUUUACUCAAUAUCCAGAAGUUAUUAAUUCGUGUAAGAACUUAUUACAGAUUGAUUUAUCAUACAACAAAAUUCAAAACCUACCCCAAAGUAUAAAUAAUCUAGUCAAAUUGGCAAAGAUAAAUCUUUCACAUAAUAAAUUGGAAGCUAUUAAUGAUCUAUCAGGAAUGACGAAUUUAAGAACAUUAAACUUAAGAUAUAAUAGAGUUGCAUCAAUUAAAUCAUCAGCAGCAAAUUUACAAAACCUUUUCUUAACAGAUAAUAGAAUUUCAACUUUUGAAGAUUCACUACCCAAAUUAAGAGCUUUAGAACUCCAAGAAAAUCCAAUCACAUCCAUUUUAUUCAAAUCAUCCACUCUGAGUGAUGCUCAAUUGCCUACUCAUUUGACUAGUUUGUCAUUAUCAAAAGCUAAAUUGAGUCAUUUACCAGGUAACGUUUUCAAAAAUUUAUCCAAACUAGAAAAAUUAGAAUUAAGUGAAAAUAAUUUAUCAAGAUUACCCGUAGAAAUUGCGUCUCUAUCCAAAUUAGUAUACCUAUCAGCAGCAAGAAAUAAGUUGGAAGGUUUACCCUCUGAAUUCUCAAAUCUGAAAAAUCUAAGAUCAUUAGAUAUACAUACAAAUAACAUUAGAGAAUUCUUUGAUGGGAUGGAAAAUAUUGAACUAACGUUCUUGAACAUAUCAUCGAAUGCAUUCGGUAGUCUUGAAUCAGAGGAUACUUUUUGUCAAAAUAUGAAAGCCGAUUCAAAAUUGGCUAAAAGUUUAAUGUUUUUCGUUGCGGCAGAUAAUCAUUUUGAUGAUUCUUUGAUAUUUUUCUUUAACUGUUUCAAAAAUUUGAAAUUAUUGAAUCUAUCAUACAACAAUUUCUCAGAUAUUUCAUUUUUGAGUUUAGAACAUUUAACUGAGUUUUAUUUUUCAGGUAACAAAUUAAACACAUUAGAUGGAGAUACUGUCGUAAAAUGGAAAUAUAUGAAGACAUUAAUGUUAAAUCGUAAUCAAUUGUUAUCAUUACCAACAGAAUUGUCCCAAUUAUCACAAUUAGCUAUCUUAGAUGUUGGUUCUAACCAAUUGAAAUAUAAUAUUUCGAAUUACCAUUAUGAUUGGAAUUGGAGUCAAAAUAAAGAACUGAAAUAUUUGAAUUUUUCAGGUAAUAGAAGAUUUGAAAUCCGUUCAUUCACUAGUCAUGAAAUUAAUGCAGAUUUAUCAGAUUUAACUAUUUUACCAAACUUGAAAGUGUUAGGUUUAAUGGAUGUCACAUUGAAUACUAAUAAAGUUCCUGAUGAAAAUACAAAUUUCCGUUUAAGAACGACCGCAUCAACGAUUAAUGGCAUGGGGUAUGGUGUAGCUGAUUCUUUGGGCCAAAGGAACUAUGUUUGUUCAAGAGAUGUGACAUUUGAAAGAUUCCGUGGUAAACAAGAUGAGUGUUUAUUAUGUUUACAUGAUAGUAAAAACCAAAAUGCAGAUUAUGGUCAUAAUAUUUCAAUGAUUGUCAGAGAUAUUUAUGAUAAUAUCUUGGUGAAACAAUUGGAGAAGUACGGUGAUUCAUCAGAUGACAAAAUAAAACGUGCAUUAAGAUUCAGUUUUCUUGAAUUGAAUAGACAAAUUAACAGAAUGUUGAACUCCGUGGAUAACGGUACAAGUGUCGGCAAUCUGACCUCUGCAGAUUUACUAAGUGGUGUUUGCUCUACUGUUAUAUAUAUAAAGGGCAAGAAACUCUAUACUGCUAAUAUUGGUGAUUGUCGUGCAAUGUUAUGUAAGAACAAUGGUGAAUAUGAAAUGCUAACAACUGAACAUAUACCAUCAAAAAGAGAAGAAUAUGAAAGAAUUAGAAUUUCUGGUGGUUAUGUUAAUAAUGGGAAAUUAGACGGUGUUGUGGAAGUUUCUAGAGCUGUUGGUUUCUUUGAUUUGUUACCUCAUAUACAUGCUGCCCCUGAUAUUUCAGUGACUUCGUUUACUGGUGUCGACGAAACUGUUGUUAUUGCAACUAAUAAACUAUGGGAAUAUAUGGAUGUUAAAACAGUUAGUGAUAUAUCAAGAGAGAAUGCAAAUGAUCCAUUGUUAGCAGCAGAAACCAUGAAAGAUUAUGUUAAUGCCUAUGGUUAUUCCGACAAUAUUACUAUUAUGUGUUUAGCAUUAUUUAAAAGAACAGAAGAUCAAAGUAGAGUAACGUUGAAUAGAAAUACAUUGAGAAGAGCUACUGUAGAGGAUGCUACUUUGAGAAGAUUGGCGCCAGAAAUUCCACCACCAACAGGAAAUCUAGCCUUAGUCUUUACAGAUAUUCAAAGUUCAUCUACACUUUGGGAGUUAUAUUAUGCUGCAAUGUCCACUGCAUUAUCUAUUCAUAAUGAUUUGAUGCGUCGUCAGUUACGUAUAUACGGUGGUUACGAAAUCAAGACAGAAGGGGACGCAUUCGUCAUGGCAUUUCCAACUCCUACAUCUGCACUUUUAUGGUGUUUAAGUACUCAGUUGAAAUUACUUGAUGUGGCAUGGCCUGAAGAAAUUACUUCAAGUCCUAAUGGUCGUUUGGUAGUGGAUUCACAAGGUAAGAGAAUAUUCAAUGGUCUAUGUGUCCGUAUGGGUAUCCACUGGGGUAGUCCAUUGACCGUUUUUGAUUUGGUCACUCAAAGAAUGGAUUAUUUAGGUCCUGUGGUUAACAAGGCAUCUCGUGUUUCAGAUGUUGGUAAAGGUGGUCAAAUAACUCUAAGCAGCGAUUUCUGUUCUGAAUUCAAAAAAAUUUUGGCAUUACAUGAACGUGCAAAGAAAGAAUGUGAACCAUUGUCGGCUAUCUAUGGGGAUGAAUUAAUUGGGGAAGUACUAGAAAAAGAACUCAGCGCUUUAGAAGGUAUCGGCUGGGUAUUUUACGGUGAUGGUGAGCAUCAAUUGAAAGGUUUGGAAUCUAAAGAGUUUAUUACUUUGGUAUAUCCAAAGAGCUUAGAGUCACGUCAUCAAUUCUUUCAAGAAGCUGAAGAUAGCACAGUUGCUAAUAAGGAAUUAUUAUUACGUCUUAACACUGUAUAUGCCAAAUUGGGAAGAAUUUUUGCAUUCACAGCUUGUACUGCGACUGGGGAUGAUAUAUGGAAGGUCAUAGGGACUAAAGAACUGUCUUCUAUUAGUAAUUUGACCUCUAUUCAAGAGAAAGACAUCCUUCCUUUAUUGGUUAAAACAAUAUAUGGUAUUGAUGCUACGACUGGUUCGAUUAUGCUAUAUGCUCACAAAUUGCAUGGUAUAGAUGCAACAAAUACAGCUGAUAAUAACUUCAGUUAUUCCCAACUGAUUGCAGAUCUGCUUAAAGAUGAUGACGAUAUUCACGAUAGCUUUGACAAUAAUAAGUAG